AGCGUGCUGCUCUUUGGCCCGGUUACUCAUUUACAAACAGCACAACGGUGGGCUUUAAAUGGGAGGCAGCAGAGCACAUGUGAUCACUUCAGACAGGUGGACGAACAUGGAGGCGGUGAAGAGGUGGAGGUCAAGCUGGAGGUUUCCCACCACCCUGCUCUGCAUCUAUGGAUUCUUCAGCACCGUUAAGCCGCUGGAGCCGUUCCUGAUCCCUUUCCUGACUGGACCGGACAAGAACCUGACAACUGAACAGGUGAACGGUCAGAUUUUCCCGGUGUGGACGUACUCCUACCUGUCCGUUCUGGUGCCCGUGUUCCUGCUCACCGAUUGGCUGCGGUACAAGCCCGUCCUGAUGUUCCAGAGUGCAGUGCUCUUCAUCACCACUGCCCUGCUGAGGUGGGCAGACGGUGUGGCGGCCAUGCAGGCCAUGCAGUUCUUCUAUGGAGUGGUGACAGCCAGCGAUGUGGCCUACUUCUCCUACAUUUACAGUGUGGUGGAUCUGAAGAGGUACAGGAAGGCUACGUCCUACAGCCGCAGCGUGCAGCUCCUGGGCUACACAGUGGGCUCCAUUCUGGGUCAGGUGCUCGUCAGCUUCGACCUGAUGUCCUACAACCACAUCCUGGUGUUCACCAUGGUCCUCACCGCCAGUGCUUUAGUCACCUCCUGCUUCCUGCCCAUGCCGGAGCAGAGCAUGUUCUUCCAUCCAAAUCCCUCAACAAAGAGAGGAGAUGCCGACUCCAACACAUCCAUGGACGAAAUUAAAGAGGAGGACAAAGGAGAAACAGAGGAGCAUCCACAGCAGGAGAAACCAAAGGAAUCUGCUGAUUCAGAGAGUUGUGGACAGGUUGUCCUGCAGCUGUGGAGGGACUUCUGCCAGUGUUACAGCUCCAGACAGCUGCUGUACUGGUCGCUGUGGUGGGCAAUGGCCACAUGUGGAUAUAACCAGACUGUCAACUAUGUGCAGGUGCUGUGGGAGCACGUGCAGCCGUCUCAGAACUUCAGCAUCUACAACGGAGGAGUGGAGGCAGCUUCUAACCUUCUGAGUGCCGCCACUGCCUACAGCGUCGGCUUCACCGAGGUCAGGUGGGAGCAGUGGGGGGAGCUGGCCCUGGGGGGUUUCUCUGGACUGGGAGCCGCCGCGCUGUUUCUCAUGACUUUCGUUGGAAACAUUUGGGUGUGUUACUGCGGCUAUGUCGUCUUCAAGUGCCUGUACAUGCUGCUCAUAACGAUAGCAAUGUACCAGAUUGCAGCCGGGCUGUCGAUGGAAAGGUACGCGCUUGUGUUUGGGGCAAACACGUUUGGAGCUCUGGUUCUCCAAACCAUCAUCACGUCUGUGGUGGUGGACAGCGCAGGGCUCGGCCUGACCAUCAUUCCUCAGUUCACCAUAUAUGCAAGCUACUUCCUGGUCAUCUCUGUGGUUUUUACUCUUCGGGGGCUCUUUAGUAUCUGGACGACACGCCGACACAAAGGAAGGAAAAGUGAAAAAGGACCUCCAGAUUGUGAAGAACACAGACUUUGAAUGUUUCACUAUUACUGUCAACUGAACUAAUGCAGCUUUUGUUUAUUUUCAUGCCAAAUAAAAGAUAAAUACGGCAUUUUCUUGCACAUAAACAUUAAGAACACUUUGAAUAUUGAUUUUAUUUAAAAUUCAUUUUAAUAUAUAUAUUUAUAUAUAUUUACAAAUUAACUUAAAAUUCUUUCAUAUCCAUUGAAAAUGACGUUCAGUCUAUAAGCGCUCCUGUUCCCAGGUUGGGGUCAAGGGUCAUUCAGGAACGCGGGUCUCCAUCAGCUCAGCGAAGGGGGAAGAGGACGAACGCCACGCCCACAUCUCUGAUGCAGCAUUCACGGAUUUCAUAUUUUCACAAAAAAAAAAAAAAAAAAAAAAA